AUGGAGCUUGAUUCCUCUCAACUGGUGGUCGGCGGCCAGAUGUUUGGCACGCAAUGCGCAAGCUUGAUACCUCCAAUUGUACCUGGGGCUGCGGUGGUCAACAUGAGUGCAGCAGAGGUACAUUCUUUUAAUUAUCCAGCAGUACCUCUGUUCAGUCCCACGGAAAUCACAGACCUAAGCUUCUGCAAUGUGACCGUGGCGCUGACACACCCGAUCGCAAACGACACGGUCUAUGUGACUGUUUGGCUGCCGCUGACUGGGUGGAAUGGCCGAUACCAAGCUACGGGAGGAGGAGGUCUAGCAGCUGGAAUUGGUGAACCUAUGCUGGUCGGUCCGGUAGCAGCCGGUUUGGCAGCAUCUUCAACUGAGGGAGGACUCACAUUAAAUCACACAGUCAAUCCCCAGCUCGGGGAGUGGGCUCUGAAACAAGAUGGCUCGGCUAAUGAGGAUCUGAUGCUGAAUCUGGCGUGGCGUUCUAUCCAUGAUAUGGCUAUAGUCUCCAAAGAUAUCAUCAAGCAAUUCUAUGGUGUGAAACCAUCCUAUUCAUACUGGCACGGCUGCUCGCAGGGAGGUCGACAAGGCUACGCGGCAGCCGCCAAGUACCCGUACGAUUUUGACGGGAUCCUGGCAAUCGCACCGGCACUCAGCAUCGCUCAUUUUGCACCAGCCGACGUCUGGGCUCCAGUCGUUAUGAGAAACUCGGACGAGGUCCCUCCGUUUUGCGUUUUUGAGGCAUACCACAAAGCCAUCAUUGCCGAAUGCGACCCCCUUGACGGCGUUGCCGACGGCCUCAUCUCCGAUUACGAGAUUCUCGAAACCUGCCCUUUCGACCCAGUGUCUCUAGUUGGAACCGAGAUACUGUGUGAGGAGGGUUGUAUGGAGUUCGACCCCCUGACUUUGGUUGGGAAAAGAGUGGCCUGUCGUCACACGACAAAUCUUACUAUCACAACUGUCCACGCAGACAUCGUUUCCAAGAUCCUGCAAGGGCCGCGCACCGACGACGGGAAGCAGCUUUGGUGGGGUUUAGCCCCAGGCGCCUCAUUUUUUGCGACAGCGCAUACCAUUCUCACUGAAGACGGCGCGAGAAUACCCCAGCCGUUUGUGGCAGGAGAGAACUGGGUCAAAUAUCUGGCAAUGCGCAACGCUAGCUACGACAUGACUAAGAUGACUUACCCGGAAUACUUCAAGGCCUUUGACGAAUCAGUGUCUAGGCUUGAUCCCCUUUGGGGCGACGAGCAAUACGAUCUUACCGAGUUCAGACACAGAGGGGGAAAGCUGCUCACCUGGUUUGGGCUUGCGGAUGAGUACAUACCACCUCCUGGUAUGUUUCGCUUUCGUGAGAAGGUUGAGGAGAAGUUCGGUGGGCCCAAAGCUGUCGACGAAUUCUACAGGCUUUUCCUGGCUCCCGGGGUUGGCCACUGUUUUGGUGGCGUCGGACCGAUGCCCACAGAUCCGUUUGAGGCACUCAUCUCCUGGGUUGAGCGCGACAAGGCACCAGAUGUAUUGCCCGCAGCCACCACGAUGCACAACGUCGAGGUCCAGCGAGACUUGUGCCGCUAUCCAAAGAAACUAGUGUACAAGGGAGGUGAUGUGAACGUCAAAGAUAGUUUCGUGUGCGAAUGA